AGGAGCCCCCGCCCCCCCAGAGUCCGGUGCAGACUCCAUUACAGACCGACAACACAUAGCAGCAGAUUCACUGACGGGAACCUUGCUGAGGAUUUUCAGUUGUUUCUGCAGCUCGUCAUGGCCGCCGCCGGCAUCUCUCGCUCCACCUCAGCAGCGUCCACUCUGGGAUUCGAGGAUUAUUCUCUGUACGGUAACCUGAGCGAUGACGAGCUGAUGCAGCUCGCCAUCGAGCGCAGUCUGACCGACGCCCACCAUGACACCGCCGCCAACACACCUCCUCUCCAGCCUGAGAGCAAACGGACCCCUCCAAACUACAGCUCCCACAAUCCACCUCCAAACUACAGCUCCCACAAUCCACCUCCAAACUACAGCUCCCACAAUCCACCUCCAAACUACAGCUCCCACAAUCCACUUCCAAAUGAGACCAGUGCACACUACAGUUCCCCUAAUCCACCGAGACCAAAGCCUCCUGAUCCAAAGACGUUUAAAGGGACAGUCAGCCACUUCAUGACCGGCGCUGGAAAGAGGAUGGUGGCUUAUCGCAAGUUUGAUGGCAGACUGGUCCACAUCGCUCCAGAGCCUGAAGAGGAGGAAGAGCCUCUGUUCCAAGCGAUCCGUGUUGGUGAUGUGAGCAGUGUGAGAUCUCUGGUGAUGCGUUCAGGAACAAACCUGAUGCUGCCGAGUAAACCGGGCUGGCUGGCGAUUCACCAGGCGGCGUGGUUUGGUCAGGAGAGCUGUUUGAGAGUCCUGCUAUCAGCUCAGCCGGGGAUGGUCAACAAGCGAACAGAGCGUGGUGAGACCCCGCUGCUGGUUGCUGUCAGCAAGGGUCAUCUGCAAUGUGUUCAGGUGCUGCUGGACCACGGAGCAGACCCUGACAUCACCAACUACGACCGUGAGACAACGCUCUAUAAAGCCUGUGAGAGGAACAGCGCUGCGCUGGUGGCGGUGCUGCUGAAUCGCGGCGUGCUCGUGAACGCAGCGUGUAAUCACGGUUGGACGGCGCUGCAGGAAGCGGUGUGCAGGAACAACACGGAGAUUUGUGAGAUGCUGCUGAAGGCCGGAGCCAAACACACACAGACCGACAUGUACGGCAUCACACCAAUGUUCACCGCCGCUCAGAGCGGGCAGCUCGCCGCACUGCGCCUCCUCCUCAAACACGGUGCAGACAUUAACAGCCAGGCUACUGACGGAGCAACGGCUCUGUAUGAAGCUACUAAAAACGGGCAUGAGGACGUUGUGGAGCUCCUCCUCUCUCAGAAGGCUGACGCCAACAAACCCGGGAAGACGGGAUUAUUACCGCUACACAUCGCUGCCCAGAGAGGAAGUGACACGAUGGUUUCCAUGUUGAUCCGGGCAACCAGCAAGGCCAGAGUCCGUCGGACUGGCAUCAGCCCGCUGCACAUGGCCGCCGAGCGUAACCGUGACGACGUCCUGGAGACUCUGAUUGAGGCAGGAUUCGACGUCAAUGCUCAGCUGUCUGAAGAGCGCUCUAAACUGUACGAGGACCGACGGAGUACGGCGCUAUACUUCUCUGUCAUCAACAAUAACAUCGAUGCUGUCGGCACGCUGCUGGCGGCCGGCGCCGACCCCAACCUGGACGUGUUCCGGCCGCUGAUGGUGGCGGCUCGGAUCGGCUGCAUCCAGACCGUCACGCUGCUGGUGGAGCACGGCGCCGACAUCAAUGCCUGCAUCUCCACACACCCCACCACCUUCCCUGCCAUCUACAUGUUCUCCAUGAAGUACCUGCCCAUGUUCAAGUACCUGCUGGACAACGGAGGCCACGCCCUCUCCUGCUUCAACUGUGUGUAUGGCAGCGGACCUCAUCCGCCAAUCAAAACCUCCCGAUCCCCAUGGGGCCGCCUCCAAGACGAAGGAGACCUUGCUCAACACAGCCCAGUGAGAGGCGUUCAGUUCUGCGAGAUGAUCUCCGCCCCCAGCAUCUGUCGGUGGGCGGGGCCGAUCAUCGAUGUCCUGUUGGACUACGUUGGUCAUGUGACUCUCUGCUCCAGACUGGUGGAACACCUGGACAGCUUCUCUGAUUGGAGCGUCAUCAAAGAGAAAGCAGCACCUCCGCGGCCGCUGCUGCAGCUGUGUCGGCUGCAGGUCUUGCGGCUGGUUGGUCAUCGGCGGCUGCAGAAGUUGCCGCUGCCCGGAGGUCUGAUCCGCUUCCUGCAGCACCAGGAGGGCUCUGUGGACGUCUGCUGAAACUGCCACACUGACUGAGAACAGAGUACUGAUCACUAUUGAUUAUUGGCAGCUGAUGGAGCUGCAGACAUUUCUGACAUAAUGUUUAAAACUCACUGUGAUGACUUUGAUUGACAGCUGCUGGAGGCUUAAUUAUCUUCUGAUUGCCAUUAACACUCCCCACAGCAACACACGUGGAUUCAUCCACCGCUGAAAAUAGUCCGCAACACCUGUUUGUGUGUUAAAAACCACAGCGAGCAGCUGUUUUAUCACUGAGCUGUGUAAAGAGUCUUCAGUAGGAACCACUGAGAUGAGAGAUGAACACAUUGUUGGUUUGAGUCUGUUCUGGGAUUUAAUAAUAACAAAAACAUCAGUUAAUAAAGCAGAGACAUGAAAGAGAUUAAAAGUCAAAUCAACAUUUUUACAGAGUUUUUGUGUUUUUAAACAGAUUUAAUAAAUAAAUGUGAAGCA